UCGCAUUCCGCGCCGGCAGCUCGGGCUCCUCGUCCGCCCGUGGCCAUGGGGCUGCAGCCCCGGCGCGCCGCGGGGCCCUGCCCGCCCGCGGGAAGGAGCGCCGCCCUGCCCGGAGCGCGCUCCGCUCCUCCCUGGGCCCGCAGCGACGAGCCGGAGGGAACUCCCGGGCGGCCCGCAGCGCUGCCGCCCCUGCUGCCGGCCAUCCUGCCGACCCCCUCCGCUUCCCCCGCUGCCGCCCGGGUGCAGCCCAAGAAGCCGCCGGCUGCCGCCUCGGCCCCCAAGAAAGCAGCGCCUCGGCCGGCAGAGGAGAAGGCGGCGAGGAAGGCGCGGGGGGCGCCCCCGGAGCGGCCGGGCCCCCUCUCCAGCUCCUGGCCCUGCUCGUCCCUGCAGCGGCCGCCUCCGCGGAGACCGCCGGCCGAGCGGGCGGCGCGGCCCCAGCCCACCCCGCCGCAGCCGCGGGGCCGUCCGGGGGCGCCGGGGGCGGGCAGCCGCUCCUGCGAGAGCCUCGGCGGGGCGCCGGGCGAGGCGGCGGGGCGCUUCUCGCUGAGCCUGCCCCCGGAGGCCAUCCGGGUGCUGCAGCGCCGCAGCCUGGAGCGGCAGCGGGGGCAGCCCGCACCCUCUCCCGCCGGCAGAGCCGCCCCGGCCCGGCGCGGCGACCUGCGCGCUCUGCUGAAGGUUUCGCUGCUCAACGACCGGCACCGCUACGACGACGAGGAGUACGAGGAGGAGGAGGCGGGGGCCACGGCGGACGAGGGGCUGGUGCGGAAAUGCACCGAGUGGCUGCGCGGCGUGGAGAGCGCGGCCGGGCGCGACCACCCCGAACGGCUGGAGACGCUGCCGCACCUGGGCACCCUCUGAGCCCCGCCGGGACCGCGGAGCGGCCGGACCGGGGGGAGCUGGGGCCGCCAUCCGCGAUGUCGCGUUCCGUGUUGUGUUGUCGGCUCCCUGGCAGCCCGGGCGGGUGGCGGCAGGGGCCGGGCAGCGGAGCCGAUCCUCGGGGCGCCGCCGCCGCCGGGGCGAGGGACAAAGGAGCGGCGCCGGCCCCCGCCCGCCGGUGCCCGGGUGCUGGGAGGGAGGGCACCGGCUGUGGGCGUCCUGCCUCCGCCCUCGCGGUUUUUUUAAAGAUUUCUGACUACUUUAUAAAAUGUGCGUAAUGGUUUUGUAUAUUUGUACAUAAAAGUUCAUUUUUAUUUAUUUGAAUAAAGGACUCUUGUGUUGCGGUA